GCAGAACCAAUGGAACAGAGCUCUUCCAACCACAGUGCCACACCAAUGGACAAACAAGAGGUUGUGGCUGAGUUUGUACCCUCACACCACAGCAGAGGGAGGAAGGAUCAAAUCCGAGGCCGACAGCGACUCUUCCCUCUAGCGGUCUUCCUCCCUCUGUGCAUGCUGCUGUGCAUUUGGGGUCAGGUGGAAGGAGUGGUUCAUUCCAGCUUCCGCAGACUGAGUGGUCGGGAAAAGAAGGAGAUGCAGAAGGAGAUUUUAUCCAUUCUAGGGCUGCCCGGGCGACCCAGGCCACACCCGCCCCUGCGACCUCCUUCCUCUGCCCCACUCUUUAUGCUGGAUCUGUACCAUGCCGUAUCAUCUGAGGGUGACGAUGGACCAGGCUUGGGCUUCAAUCCAGAAGGAGUCAGCCAUGCCGCACUGCCCACAUUAAGCACACACACUCCACCCCUUGGCACAGUGGUCAGUGAGGCAGAUACUGUCAUGAGCUUCGUCAACUUGGUGGAGCAGGAGAAGGAUUUGCUCCAGCCUCGGCCUUACUGGAAAGAGUUCCGCUUCGACCUGACCCCGCUGCCUCAAGGAGAGACGGUCACCGCCGCUGAGUUUCGUAUCUAUAAAACACUUCCCAUGGGCUGGCGAGCAAACCGCACCCUCCAUAUCUCUGUCUAUGAAAUCCAGAAGGAGAAAAGACAGAGGGAGCCAGAGUUGGUACUGUUGGACAUGCAGUCAGUGCCUGCAGGUCAAGAGGGCUGGCUGGCAUUUGAUGUGACUUCUGCAAGCAAUCGCUGGCUUCUCCAUCCUCGAAGCAACCUGGGCAUCCGCCUUUAUGUGGAAACUGAGGAGGACCGGUCGCUGUCUGCCGGGUGGGUGGGUUUGGUGGGUCGGCGAGGUCCGCGCUCUAAGCAGCCCUUCAUGGUGACAUUUUUCAGGGCUAGUCAAGCCCCCUGCCGCCCACCUCGCGAUGUGAGACACAACAAUCCACGCAAGAAAAAACACAAGUACGACCUGCCACACCCAAACAGACCCGGCAUAUUUGAUCAAAAUCAUGCCAGCAGUGGACGCCAGGCCUGUAAGAAACAUGAACUCUAUGUCAGUUUCAGUGAUCUUGGCUGGAAGGACUGGGUUUUGGCUCCUCCAGGUUACUCUGCAUAUUAUUGUGAUGGGGAAUGUGACUAUCCUCUGGGCUCCUGUAUGAAUGCCACAAACCAUGCCAUGAUCCAGCUUCUGGUUCAUCUUCUAAGACCAGACGAAGUGCCUAAGGCCUGCUGUGCUCCAACCAAACUCAGUUCUGUUUCUGUGCUCUUCUAUGAUGACAACAACAACGUUAUUCUCAAGAAACAUCGAAAUAUGGUGGUGAAGAACUGUGGCUGCUUAUAACCUUGCCUCUUGUUCAUCCCAUUUCAAAUCACUGAAGCAAUUUUUGUAAUAUACAAUGUGUUUUUAAGAUAAAAUUGAGUGAUCUUGUCCCAAUUGAUUGAUGUCAUUUAAGUGCCAUGUUCUAUAAGCAUACUAUUAUUAUAUAUCAGACUAUUUUAUAAAACAGACCCCUGUGUAAGAAUAGUAAACAUGAUAUUAUAAAGAUUCUUGUUUGCCAAAUUAAAUAGUGCCUUUAUAUUGUCAUUGUACUAAAGCCAAAAUAAAUUAUUAUAAUAUUAUCUGUAAAAUAUUUACUUAAGUUGACAUUGUAUUUUUCUCAUGCUUAAGUAAUGCUAUGCUUAUGAUGUUAGACGUUUAAACCCAAAGAGAAACAUUUUCAAUUCAAUGUAAGAAAUAUAUUUAAAUAUUUAUUUUUAUUGUGAAAAGCGCUAUAUAAAUACAUUUGUAAGAGUAUACAAUAAAACACUAAAUAUUGUUUCAAAGCAGCUUUACAGAAACUAGUGAAUAACAACCCU